AUGUACGCUCUGAACUUCCUGUGUGCCGUGGGCCUCUUUGCUGCCCUUCAGGUGUCUGGCACCUUGGCGGAGGAUGUGGAGCCCUCAGCAGUGAGCGCCGUCCUGGUCUCGUCCUCAGACCAGAGCGAGAUCGUGAACAAGCAUAACACUCUGAGAAGAGGUGUCCAGCCCUCUGCUAGUGACAUGCUGGAGAUGAGCUGGAACGACGAGGCUGCAGCCAGUGCUCAGCAAUGGGCCAAUACCUGCUCCAUGACGCACAGCCCUGCCAGCUCCAGAGAGAUCAGCACUAGCGGCUGUGGAGAGAACUUGUACAUCAAGAACAGCUGGAGCAACGCCAUCCAGUCCUGGUACGACGAGGUGAAGGACUUUCGCUACGGAGUGGGAUCUGUCAAUGGAGGAGUGGUCGGACACUACAAGCAGGUUGUUUGGUACAGGUCCAACGAGCUUGGCUGUGCUAUGGCCCACUGUCCCAACUCUCGUUACAAAUACUUCUACGUCUGCCAAUACUGCCCACCUGGAAACUAUCAGUACGCUCGUCCCUACACGGCUGGACCCACCUGCUCCGACUGCCCCCAUGCCUGCGACGACAAACUGUGCACCAACCCCUGCCCCUACACUGAUGAGUACAGUAACUGUCCUGAACUGAAGCAGCAGUGGGGCUGCAGCAACAGCAACGUGGCCUCUUGGUGUCCCGCCUCCUGCAAGUGCACCAAUCAGAUCAUUUAA